UUUGCUACCCGUACGUGCUGCAGUAUGAAGGUCAUUGCUAGUGCCCAUUUCUCUUCCAUUUGUUGGCUGCUGCUGAGCUAUGCAACGUCGGUCUCUCUGUCUUCCGCAGUCGCAAGCAAGCCUCACAUUCUCAUGGUUCUAGUCGACGACUGGGGAUGGGCAAACGUCGGUUACCACCGAGCCACGCCCACGAAAGAAGUCGUCACCCCAAAUUUCGAUCGUCUCUGCAAAGAAGGAAUCGAACUCGAUCAACACUACGUACACAACGUCUGCUCUCCAACACGCUCGUCACUGCUCAGUGGUCGAUUGCCGUACCACGUCAAUGUGGACAACGGUGAUCCCGAUCGGUACAACCCCGACGACCCGGUGUCGGGAUACCAAGCCAUUCCUCGCAAUAUGACGGUCAUCGCCGCAAAACUGCAAGAGGCGGGCUAUGCUACUCACCAGGUAGGCAAGUGGGAUGCGGGCAUGGCGACUCACGAGCACACGCCUCUGGGGAGGGGCUUCAACACCAGCUUCGGCUACUUUCAUCAUGCCAACGAUUUCUACAAGGACACGGCCGGCGCCUGUCCCCGUCAUGGUCCGAUCACCGACAUGUGGUCUACCGACCGUCCUGCGCAUGGAGAAAACGGCACGGGCGAGUACGAGGAGCACGUUUUCGAGCGACACGUGUUGGAUGUCAUCAGCAAGCACGAUCCCUCUCAGCCGCUUUUUCUCUACUACGCGCCGCACAUCGUUCACGCUCCGCUGCAGGUGCCGGAAAUGUACGAAAACAAAUUCAGCUUUAUCGAGGAUACCGACAGACGCAUCUACCACGCUAUGGUCAACUUUCUAGAUGGUGUGGUUGGGAAUAUUACCGACGCGUUCCAGAAGAAAGGAAUGUGGAACAACACGUUGAUGGUCGUGUCGGCCGAUAAUGGAGGACCAGAGUAUCGCGGAGGAGGAGCAAACAAUUAUCCGCUCAAAGGCGGAAAAACGAGCAACUGGCAGGGAGGAGUUCGAGUGAAUGCGUUCGUAUCGGGCGGUCUUGUUCCUGAUGCAAUGCGCGGCAAGAAGAUUGACCAGCUGAUUCAUGUUGCCGAUUGGUAUGCUACAUUUUGCACUUUGGCUGGCGUUGAUCCAAUGGACAAGGCGGCUGCCGCUGCUAAACUUCCACCAAUAGACAGCAUGAAUAUGUGGGACUUGGUGUCCGGCAAAAACAUGACGUCACCGCGCAUGGAUGUGGUAUUGGGUAUACAGGGACGCCUUGAAAAAGAUAUGAUGAAUGGUUGGGGGUUGGUGAGUGGUGACUACAAGAUCUUAGUUGGACGUGUGACAAAUGCUGGUUGGACAGGCCCGCAGUAUCCUAACCAAACUAAUCCUGCUGGCGGGAUCGAAGCGGUGGAGAACUGUAAUGAAGGCUGCCUGUUCAACAUCAAGGAAGAUCCGGAAGAACGCAAUAACUUGAAUCACACCAUGACAGACAAGCUAAAAGAAAUGCAGAUGAAAUUGAAAAAUCAUUUUAGUACCUUCUUCAAUCCUGAUAGAGGCCACGUCGAUCCGAAAGCAUGUGAAACUGCAAUCAAUCAGUAUGGUGGUUUCUGGGGUCCUUGGCUGCCCUAGAUUGUUGGCAAACUUUGAUAGCCAAUACAAUUUUUGUGGUUUUCUGUUAUUGUUUUACAGAAUACAGUCAUUGCUGUGUGCCAUUUUCUUGUGAUUUUGCCGUCUGUCUGUAGCAGCUUACAAUUUUUGUUUGUUGUUCUAAUGUCAAUUUCAUGUAAAGUCAAGCAGAAUCGCUGCUACCUUACUAUUGUGUACUGACAUGCAGAGUGGAACACUAUACAUGGAUGUACUAGCUAAGUAGCCCGC